AUGUCAAGGACUCGGACUUGGCCCGGACUCGGUACUGGAAAAUCAUAUUUAAUGAGUAAAUUAUCGAAAAAAAUUGGGAUUGCAAUGUUAGCACCAGCACUAGCUGCCGGUAACCUCGAACGUUCAUAUGUCGGUCAGUUCGAAGCGCUUAUAUCAAGUCUAUGUAGACGUGCAAAUCGUCUCCCACAUUUAAUCUGUUGUCUUUCGAUUGAUGAAGUUGACUCACUAGCUCCGAGACGUGACGAAAAAUCUUCAGAAGGAAAAGUGUCAAAAAUCAGUGUCCUUCUAAGUGUACUUGAAGGUGCUGAAAAUAUUCCGAAUCUAAUGUUAUUCUCAGCAACAAAUCUGUUACAUCGAAUGGAUGAAGCAUUUCUACGUCGUAUGACUGGAAAAUUUUUUGUCGGCCGCCCUUCAUCCGAAUCAAGAAAGAAGAUUUUAAGUAAAAUUCCAAAAACAAUACUAUCGCCAAAAGUUUUGGAAGUGCUAGUAGUUGCUACAACAAAUUUUAGUGGCUCAGCUUUAUCUCGUCUUGUUAGUAAAAUUACAACGGAGCAUCGCUGUAAAAGACGUCUAAAUCCAAACUAUGAAAUAACAGAAGAAUUGGCAUUGAUUCUAGCAGAUACAACAGCUAUUAAUUUUCAGUUAAAAAUGGGUCUCGAUACUCUACCACGACUGCAGUUGCGCAAUUUAUACGAUAGAAAACAGCUGCAAAAUUCGAGACUGGCCACUACUAUUACAAAUCAGAAAGAUGAAGUUAAUAAUUUGGAUGCAUUGCAUCUACCGAAAAAUAUAAUAUUCACCGGUAAAAUUAUAAUUAAUCUACAUGAUCGUUGUGUACGGAUUGAAGCUAUAAAUAUUGAUACCAAUCGAAAAUAUGUGAUUCAAGAAGACUUUCGUGAUACAGAGCAAAGUUUACAACAGCUACUUGAACGUGUAACAACAUAUGGAACAGAUAGAAACGUGCAACUUUUACAAUUGAUCGACUUAAACCUGCUCUCAUCGAAAGGUGCUAAUGAUGAACAAAAAGUAUCGGAAAUACUAAAAGAAUGCUACGAUGAAUCAGUCUCUUAUCGUCGUUCAAUGAUCGUCUACGAUCUUGAUUCACUUAUCGGUGUCAACAGAUCUGAAUCCGACAGUUCAACGGGUGUAUCUGAGAGUACAUCUGUUGUCAAUCAACGUAUCUAUCUCUAUGUUACAACUCGUUUCAGAGAAGCUAAAAUUGAGAAUAGUAACACAGACACAAAUUUAAGAACUGAGCGUUGGGCAAUAGCAAUUGUACGAGAUCCGUUUCUCUUGAAAAAGUUUACGAAUGAGAUUGGAUUUACUCUGACAGAUGCACAGCAAGAAGAUGAAGAAGAAGAACAUAGAAAAGCAACAGAAACAUUAGCAUGCGUAAAAUGUCGCGAUUACUAUAUUGAAAGCGAAAAUAAAAUGGGACAGUGUACAUAUCAUGACGGAUUCGUUUACGACAAUUCAAAUUUACAUUUAACAAAAUAUCGUCCUGGUGACGCUUUAGAAGCAUUAAAUCGCGACGAAUUUCUAGUUUUAAAUGAACAAAUGCCAAAAGAGGAAAUGGAACAGCGUAAAACACGUAUGAAAUAUAUUUGUUGUGGUGCUAUACUUCAAACUAUGACAACCAAACUAUCACCACCUCACCAACAAAUAUUGUUGAAAGGGGCUUGA